GGCGGCGGCGGCGGCGAGCCCGGGGGCGAGGCGCGGACGGGAAGAGGAAAAGCCUCGGGCAGCCCCUGCGGGCGGCGACGCACCCACGGCCGCGCUCGAGGUGAAGCCGCGCGCGGAGAGGAAGCGGGCGUGUUCCCCUCUAGCCUGUCGGCCCCCGCCCUUCCUUUCAGUUUCUCCCCGCUCGCUCGGAAGUUGGUGGUUGAUAAAAAUGGCAGGGGCCGGAGCCCGGGCCAGUUGCCGCAGCGCCGCAGGGACCUUCUGAGUUGGCUCGGCCGCCAGGGAGACGCGUGCGAGGGUGUCCGAUGCGCGGGGCCCGGAGCCUCGGGAGAGCUCAGCCGCUGCGGGCCAGAGACGAGGAGGCGACGGGGAUGGACUCGCGCCGACAGGCAGCGGCGGGCCGCCGGGCGCGCGGUCUGGGAGGGCGUGUCGCCGCGGCGCCGGGCCGUUCUGUGUGAACCCGAGAGGCGGGAAGGGCAGCCGCGGCUCCGGGCGAGAUCGCGAGGGGGGCGGCCGCUGUGCGCAAUCAGUGCAGGCUCCCGCCCGACUCUGACUCUGCGCGGCCGAGACAGCGCGGGCCACACCCUCCGCCCUGCCACCGGCGCGGCUUCGCAGGAACCGGAGGCAGGAGAUGCGCCCGGGGCGGCCGCGCGUCGCAGAGCCAGCCCGGGCCGCCGUCGCAGGGAAGUGCCGCUUGGCGGGGUCGCGGCGCCUGAAGCCCACGUGCGCCGCAGAGCUGGAGGUGGCCUCGAACGCGGGUACUGACAGGAGAGCCUGCCCGCGCUGCCUCCCGCGCUCCUCCCCGAGGAAAGGAUUUUGAUUUCAAAGAAAGGAAGGAAGGAAGGACAACUCCCAGCUUCCCCGUCCCGCCCUCCCCGCUCCGGCGGCCGGGCCGGGUCAUGCCCAGAAAGGCGGCGGCGGCAGCUCAGCAGAAGGGACUUUCCUGGCAGCGCGGCGACGAAGAGCGAAGACCGUGAGUUUGCCCUGCCCCGGUUCAUGGUUGCUGCAAGUCCUCUGGGAGGCCGAACGCCAAAGCCCCUCCCCGCGCCCCGAAAAGCCUCCUGCGUUCUCUGGUCCUCGAGCCCAGCCCGCGCCGCCCGGGCUCCGGCCGCCGCAGCCCCGUGCCCCCCGCCCGCGGCGGUGGAUGGCAUGAUGGUGCGGGGAAGGCACCGUGGUCUUGGCCAGCUGAAUCGCGACGGCCGCCGGGGCUGCGGCAGUGGCCGCGACAGCGGUGGUGGUAGCGGGCUCCCCAGCGGCAUGCCAGUGCCCCCCGGGCGCGAUGGCUAGCGGCAGCUCGGGGAAGCCCACAGGCGAGGCGGCAUCUCCGGCUCCUGCGAGCGCUGUCGGCGGCGCCAGCUCGCAGCCGCGGAAGAGGCUGGUGUCUGUCUGCGACCACUGCAAGGGCAAGAUGCAGCUGGUGGCCGACCUGCUGCUGCUGUCGAGCGAGGCGCGGCCCGUGCUCUUUGAGGGCCCCGCCUCCUCUAGUGCGGGCGUGGAGUCCUUCGAGCAGUGCCGGGACACUAUCAUCGCGCGCACCAAGGGGCUUUCCAUCCUCACCCACGACGUGCAGAGCCAGCUCAACAUGGGCCGCUUUGGGGAAGCAGGAGACAGGCUGGUGGAACUGGGUGACCUGGUGGUGUCGCUGACCGAAUGCUCGGCCCACGCGGCCUAUCUGGCGGCCGUGGCCACACCCGGCGCGCAGCCCGCGCAGCCGGGCCUGGUGGACCGCUACCGCGUGACACGCUGCCGGCACGAGGUGGAGCAGGGCUGCGCCGUGCUGCGCGCCACGCCGCUGGCAGAUAUGACGCCGCAGCUGCUGCUGGAGGUGUCCCAGGGCCUGUCGCGCAACCUCAAGUUUCUGACGGACGCGUGCGCUCUGGCCAGUGACAAGUCGCGGGACCGCUUUUCACGCGAGCAGUUCAAGCUGAGCGUCAAGUGCAUGAGCACGAGUGCAUCAGCUCUCCUGGCCUGCGUGCGCGAGGUGAAGGUGGCGCCCAGCGAGCUGGCGCGCAGUCGCUGCGCGCUCUUCAGCGGGCCUCUGGUGCAGGCCGUGAGCGCCCUGGUCGGCUUCGCCACCGAGCCGCAGUUCCUGGGUCGCGCGGCGGCCGUGAGCGCAGAGGGCAAAGCGGUGCAGACCGCCAUCCUGGGCGGCGCCAUGAGCGUGGUGUCGGCCUGCGUGCUCCUGACCCAGUGCCUCAGGGAUCUGGCGCAGCACCCCGACGGGGGCGCCAAGAUGUCGGACCACAGGGAGAGGCUGAGGAACUCGGCCUGCGCCGUGUCUGAAGGCUGCACCCUGCUAUCUCAGGCUUUAAGGGAGAGGUCUUCGCCCAGGACUUUACCGCCAGUGAAUUCCAAUUCUGUGAAUUAGCACCCACCAUACCCCUUCUUCACCCCAGACUAAAGGAGGUUACUUAUUCUCUGCCCCUCUCCAUUUAUACCAAAGAAAUCAUAGGUGGAGCCCACACCUUCUGCCCCAAUGUUAUAAAUGUUCGGGAGGAAUGUUCCAAAAGGCAGGGCCCUGCGCCCCACUCCUAAGGGCCCAGGUGUGCCCCAGCCCCACACAGUAGAGGCUGGAGAUGGAAGGUGUGUAAUAUGCCGGUUGUGGUAUUUCUCCCAUCCCUAUCCCAGACCAUCUUUUGGAAUUUCUCAACUAAAUUUUAUUAAUUGGGCAAGAAGGAGGUCAUGGGUUCAUUUCUUUUUUUGUUUUAUCUUUUUUUAUUUGAUUAAAAGAAAGGUUACCUCAGUUUUCACUCCUUAGACAUGGAUGUAGCUACCUUUUUUGUAUGUCGUUAUUUUUUUUUUUUUUAAAGCAAUCGUGUUGAAUUAGGAGUAUACUUGGUGUGGAAAGAGUAUGAAUUUGCCAUGUGAUUUGCAAAUGGGGGAAAGCUACUGUGAGCGUGUGUUUUAUUUUUGAAUUUAUACUAUAGAGUGAUUUUUACCCCCCAACGUCAAGUUUUUACCUUGCAUGUACUGGAGUAUUUAUUUCAUCUAUUAAAAUGUUAUGUUUCUCAGA